CUAUUUUAUUUUAAGUCUGUGUAUACAUUUAUUCUACACGUGCUUUGGCAACGUAAACGUCUGUUUCCAUGCCAAAUAAAGCCUCUUUGAACGUGAGAAUGUAGCUGAUUGAUCACUCCGCCGGCGGUGUAAACACAAAACGAGUCGACCUCACUUCUCGGAGCAAAACGAGCACCGACAGCGGUGCUAUAGCCAGCUAGCUUUCAUUUAGCAAAAAUCUUUACUAAAAGGCGUUUUGUCAUGGCGGAGGGAAGCGGCAACGUUAACGCCGGUGCGGCGAACCUGCCUGCGGGAGACCCGCAACUUAUCGGGAUGAUUGUGGAGCAUCUGAAGAACCGGGGACUGUUUGACGAGUUCCGUCGGGACUGUCUUGCCGACGUCGAUACGAAGCCUGCCUAUCAGAACCUGCGACAGAAAGUGGACAACUUCGUCACGUCUCAGCUGAGCACACAGGACUGGAACCCGUCCAUCAACAAGAACCAGAUGAGGAACGGGCUGAGGCAGAGUGUCGUGCAAUCGGGUAUGCUGGAGUCCGGUGUGGACAGGAUCAUCACUCAGGUCGUGGACCCCAAGAUGAACCACACUUUCCGGCCGCACAUAGAAACUGCCAUCCACGACUUCCUGUCGGGGGACAGGAGGGAGGAGAACCCCCAGAGCUGUAACUCUGCACCAUGUGAACAAACAGAACCACAAGAUGCCCCGUCUGCCUCGGGCCCCAAAACCCCCUGGUGGUCAUCAGGGGUUGUGCCAGGGAAGCUGAGGGAUGUUGUUUUGAAGCAGGAUGAGACAGAGAACAAGCGGGAAAGAAGCAUGCCGGCGAACUUGUCCGCUGUGUUUUGUGUGUUUUUUGUGCUCCUGGCCUGUCAACAGGUGCGGAUCGUGGAUCCGCAUGAUGUCCAGGAGAAACAAGUGAGCCAGGCCAAAAGACGCCUCUCUUUGCAGAGCACAGCGGAUAUUCAGAGUUGCCUGGUGAGUUCAGGGGAUGUCGGCUGUGGGACGUUUCAGUGUUUCAACAACAACUCCUGUGAAAUCCAAGGGCUGCACCACAUCUGUCUCACUCUGCUGCACAACGCCGGGCGCUACGACUCUCAGGGCAAGUCAUUUGUGAAGGAUGCUUUGCGGUGCAUGGCGCUGGGACUGCGGCAGCGCUUCAGCUGUGUGAGCCGCCGGUGCUCAGCGGUAAAAGAGAUGGUGUUCUCGCUCCAGAGAGAGUGCUAUUCCAAACACCAACUCUGCCUGGCGGUACAGGACCACAUGGACACCAUGGGUAACCUGGUCCAGUUCCACCUGAUGUUUCCCCCGGGACCGUAUGUGGAGCUGAUGAACUUCCUGUUGAAGUGUGGAGACGAGGUCAGGUUGUGGGUCGGCCGGCGACUGCGAGGGCAGUGCGAGCAACAAUGGGGUGCGUUGUGCGGCAGUUUCAGCAACACCUGCUCUCUCAGCCAAUCGGACGCUCCGCCGCACACCACCGCCCCUCCACCCACCAUGCCCUGGCCCAUCACCAUCCAAGGACCCUUGCAGCAGCCAACCAGAGCGGCCGAACUAGAGAACACGAGCGCGCUCAGUAAGGUCAACGCCACCGGAUCUGGUCUGCCAGUGUCUGAGAAAUCCAAUGUUACUGCUUCAUAAAAAGACACGCAGGUCACGCAGAGGUGCAGACAGGGUACACAAAGAUACAAAGAUCAAGCACUUAUUAAUAUUAUAUUAGUAGUACAAUGAGUAGUGGUAGUGUUAGUUUUAUCAGAGUAUUAAGUGAAGUAUUGUGAAAGUGAUGCAACAUAACUUAUUUAAUCUGUUGGGUUUUUGUGCUAUAUUAAUAUUUUUCUUUGUACAAGGAUGAAAAACCAAUAUCUACCUCACUGCAACAUCACAGUAAACCACAGUGACUGUAUCGUUCAGCAAAGGGCAUGGACACACACGACAACACUACAGGGAAGUUGUCUCUAGCUCAAGUGCAGCUGAUGGCACCAAGUCAAUAUUCUACCUAUUUAAGUCUGUUUUUAUAUUUAUGAGGAUUGUUAUAUUAUGCACCGUAUAGUUGACACACUAUCAAACGUUAUCUUGUAGACAGUCGGACUGCAGGAAGGGAAGCACUCUUUGGUUAUGACGUGUUAUAAAUAUGUGUUUUUUGAUGUUCUACUUGAACAAUCACAUUUCAUACAAACCCCAGGUUUCAAGCUAUGUUUUGUAAGUUUUUAUUUAAAUGAAUCGAAAAAUACAUUUGUAAACAUUUUAAUUGAAAGUCAAUAAACUACAAUGAUGUUACUGAACAGAGAGAAGUGUGUUAAGUUCUGUAAGAUAGUUCUUCACACAAAUUCACAGUGUAGCAUCUCUGAUGGUGAUAAACGUUGGGUAUCCUGCCAUCUACUGGCGCAUCUGUGGCAAUGCUGCCACAAACAAUGUGUCCCUCAAUAUUUUGCAACUUUAUUCAAACAAACAAACCUUGUGCAUUCACACAGUCUCUGACUCAACAUGGUACAUAAUGAGAUUUCUGACUCAGUAGUCUGGAUGUUGAAAUGGAAGGAAGGAAGGCACAAGGUAUACUUGUCAAUAAUUGUAGCAAAAGCAUGUUUGGAAGUCAUCAAGAGCAGACCGACAUACACACUUUCCAUAUUGAACACACACUGAUUGUAUGUUGACAAAAUGUAAACAAAAGCAGGGUUAUUACAUAC